AGACAAAUCAACUUCACCAUAACGACAGCACUGUCUCCAAACGUAUUUCGAUAUCGCUCUUGAUCAAUGCGACCAUACAUCAUUGCAACUUUGAUCGCAUGUAUAGUCUCUGCAAUGGGUGAGAAGUUCAUCGUCGAGUUUGGCAGCAGCAAGGAUGAAGAUAGAGAAGCUCUCAUCAACACGUUGACAGCGGAUGAAAGAACCAAAGUAGUGAAGAUAUUUGAUCAUGCGAUCUUCUCUGGGGUAGUCAUCGAGACCGGGAACCACAAUAUGGACACUCUUCGGGCUUUGCCCAACGUCGGCAAUGUCUGGCCAUCGAGAAACGAGGGGCUCCUAGGGGCGCUUGGAGGUUCGGAAGCGCGAAGAGAAUCUGCCGAAUUAUAAGCGAUACAAGAGUCAAAGUAAAGCAUUCCGAAAACCCAAGACA